AUGGCAGCCGCCGAUGACUUGGCCUUGCUGGAACGAGUGUUCUUUCGCGUUGGGUCAGCAGAGACAGAUGAACAGUUAGAAGUCAGACUUAGUAAAUUCCUGCCACCCGUGCUGCUGAAAUUAUGCAGUCCAGAAGAAACUGUUCGGAAAAAGGUGAUGGAGCUUUUGAUCCAUGUGAACAAGAGGCUGAAGAGCCGCCCUAAGGUGAAGCUACCUGUAGAUGCACUGUUGAUGCAAUACCAAGACCCAGCGUCUUCUCCAUUUGUCACAAAUUUCAGUAUCCUCUACAUAAAGAUGGGUUAUCCUCGGAUGGAAAUAGAGGAGCAGGCUGAGAAGGCAGCCAUCCUCAUCAGCUGCCUGGAGAGUAAACCUCAGCCUCAACAGGACAGUUUGUUACAGUUGUUACUACCUGUUCUGGGCCAUAUCAAACUGCCUGAAAAUGUGGAGAAAAGAAAAGCUAUGUUUAGUUUUUCUGAUAAGCCACAAGCAUCAAAGCUUCUCCUGGAGUUUCUACUUGAUGUUCUACUUUUCCCAUAUAGUGUUCCCCCAUCUUCAGCAACUCCAGCUGCACCGCCUCAGCCUGAACAGGAAGGUGGUCCACCUACUGCAGGAACAGCUCCCCCUGCAGCUGGUGGAGUUCCCCCUACUGGAGCAGUGCCCCCUUCAGGUUCAGCAUCCACUCCCACUGUCCCAGGUGGACUGAGUGAGUAUGCAUACAAACGCGUAAUUGGAGACGGUCCUUUGUCACCAGAGAGCUUGGAGAAGGCCAAGAUGGGAAUCCUGCGAUUUCUCGGCGGGGACGUGUUCCCAGAGCAGGAUGUGAUCUGCCAUUUUGUGGUGGGGGCCUCUGACACUCGUCACAGUGUGGCAACAUUUUCAGACAUGGAGUUGAAGAGGAUUGCUGGGAGUGCUGACUGGAAUGAUCCUGUGAUAGUUAAGAAGCUCUUUGACCUGUUUCUUGGAACUAUUCUCUUAAAGGGACAGAAAUCAAACACAAACAAAGCUCACAUCAGGACCAGUGUUAGCACCCGAGUUAAGCUGAAGAUCUUCCCCCAAAUCCUCAAGUCCCGUGAGGCUGCCAACACUUUCCCCCAGGCUGUUCAGGCGGUGUUUGAGUGUAUGUAUGGAGCUAAUACCCACCAGAAGCUGAAGAAAUAUGCUGUACAGUUUGUUCAUCACAUGUGCCUCUAUUGUACAGAUGAAAACUUGGGAGCCAUUGGUCAGGUGUUGAUAUCUGGCAUGUUAAACCUCAUACGUGAUAACAAGGAGGAUGCAAAGUUAAGGAACCUAGCUUAUGUGGCUGUGGGGAAGUUAGGAAAACGUUUGCCCUCUCUAGUGUCCAAUGACGUAGGGCUGGCACAGAGGUUUUUUGAUGCUAUAUCCACAGAGGACAGUGAGACGCGACUUGGUGUACAGGAGGCCCUCUCCAUCCUGUCCUCUGCCUUUAGGAACAUGGACAACACCAAUAAGAUGCUCAUGGAAGCUCUUAUUAUACAAAACUUUGAAAAGGAUGAGCCUCAGGCACGGAUCAUGGCGGUCAAAUACUCCCAGAUGGUGUUCCCCCCAGACCAUGUGUCUUCACGCUACCUCCUGCUUCUGGCCUGUGGGGACGUUAAAGAGGAGAUAUACUCAGAGGCUGUGAAGGCAUUGAGGUCAUUACCCAAAGAUGAUGAGCAUGAGAAGCCAGAGGUCACUCACGAGUCGGCUCAGCUGCCAAAGUUUGAGAACAUGGUCACCUACAUCACUGGCAAGGCUAAGGAAAGACUGUCCAGCAAUCAGACAUAUGCCAUUGGUACACAUGUGCUACCAUUCAACCCGGUCACCUAUGGAGAGAUGCUGAUGUACCUUAGGAUGUGUCUCGCAAAUGAUGCAGGAGUGAAACCCAACCUGGAGUCCCUGAAUUCCAUGCAAGCUGACUCUCCCAUCAUAGCUAAACACAUUCUGAGUCUGCUGAAAGUUGAUCCAAGUCCCACAGGGCCUGUGCAGCAAUACAUACAUCUGAUCAUACAGCUGCUGAGGGCCAUUGGAGGUCCUCCAGCCAUGUUCUGUCUGGUAGAAGUGUUUGCUGCAGCUCGCGGUCAUUUAGCUUCUCAGUUUAGGGAACAUCUGGAUUGGAUCAAGGCCUUCAUCUUCAACAGUAAGGAGGAUAUGAGAAACUACGCCGCCCAGCUGUACGCCAUUGCGAUAUGUUACACCAGGUCUCAGUGCGAGGUUCAGGGCAUUAUAGAGAAAUUCAUCAGUAAUCUGUCAGGAAAGAGUUUUGAGGUUCAGCAUGGCUCAAUGUUGGCUAUUGGCUACUUGGUGGCCCAGCAAAUGAGGAAGGCAUCUGAGCCAAUGGUGAUUGAGGAUGUAGAAUCUGAUGAAAGCAACAAACAGUACAGAGAAUGUGUCAUCACUGCACUGAAGAAAAUUGUGGCAUUUCUGAAGGACAGAGAUGAGCAGUUACUGUUAGGGGCCUGCACAACACUGGGGGAGAUCGGGCGAAGUGGCGCUCUGCCACUGCCCCCUGGUGAUGAGAACCAAGACACUGGAAACAUAUCCAAGAUGUCUGUUGUCAAAGACCUUCUAGCUGUCAAGAACAAGGAGCGUGCCGCCAUGUGUCUGGGUUACCUGUGUGUGGGAGAGGCGGACUUCCCUCAUCAUCGUUACAUUAUCCAGCAGCUCACAGAAUCUGUACAGUCCAAACAGGUGGAGUUACAUUUUGGUAUAGGAGAGGCUCUUGUCUAUUGUGCCCAGGGCUCCGCCUCUCCUGUGGCCAGGAACAUGUGGUUACAGACAGAGCUAGAUUAUCAGAGUAUUGUGACCGGAACAGGUGACCUGGAGUGGUAUCUCCAGCUGGUGCUAACAAAAUAUGUAGAGAACAAGAACCCAUUCCUUAGACAGGCAUCCUGUAUAUGGCUGUUAUUGCUGGUGAAGAAGUGUGGGUACAGCCCCACCCUACAAGCUGCUGUGGCAGACAUACAGGGGGCCUUCAUGAAACUCCUGUCAGAGAAUGACGAUCUAACCCAGGAUGUGGCAUCAAAAGGGUUAGGGCUUGUGUAUGAGAACUGUACGGAGGAGCAGAAGAAGGCUUUGGUACAGGAGCUGGUGGACACACUGACCACAGGGAAAAGGCAGACUCAGAAGGUGGAAGGUGACACCCAAGUGUUUGACCAGGGGGCACUGGGCAAGACGCCAGAAGGGAGUGGCCUGUCCACAUAUAAGGAGCUGUGUGCUAUAGCCAAUGACCUUAAUCAGCCAGACCUCAUCUACAAGUUUAUGCAUCUGGCCAAUCACAAUGCCAUGUGGAACUCUCGUAAGGGAGCAGCAUUCGGAUUCAGCACAAUCGCUGCUCAGGCAGGGGAACAACUCAGCCCUUACCUGCCCCAGAUCGUACCUAAGCUGUACAGGUAUCAGUUUGACCCUAACCCCAAGAUCCAGACGGCCAUGAGCAGCAUCUGGCACGCCCUGGUCAAGGACAACAAGAAAACUGUGGAUACAUUCAUCAAAGAGAUUCUGAAUGAUCUGAUAAAGAAUCUGACAAGCAACCAGUGGAGAGUUCGGGAGUCCAGUUGCUUAGCUGUGAAUGAUCUGCUCAGGGGGAGACAACUCGAUGAAGUGGUGGACCAGUUACCAGAGCUGUGGGAGUCCUGUUUGAGGGUUAGGGAUGAUAUCAAAGAAUCUGUUCGCCUGGCUGCUGAUGCUGCCUGUAAGACUUUGAGUAGGGCUUCAGUGCGGAUUUGUGAUGUGACAAAUGGGAAGAUUGGAGAGAAAGCUACCAGUCUUGUGUUGCCUUGUCUCUUGUCCAACAGCCUCAAAAGUCAAGUGGAAGAAGUACGAGCUAUUGGUUUGAGCACAAUACUGAAGAUCAGCAAAAAUGCCGGAGUGUUGUUAAAGCCUCAUAUCCCAGUGUUAGUGGUGGCCUUAUUAGAGGCAGUUAGUGGGUUGGAGCCACAGGCGAUGAACUACCUGAGUCUACACGCUAACAGUAGUCAGGUGACACAGGACAAGAUUGAUACUGUGCGUAUAGCAGCUUCAAAGAUGUCGCCUAUGAUGGAGACUGUCAACUUGUGUGUACAGUACGUGGAUGAGACCGUGCUGAAGGAGCUUGUCCCCAGGCUGACUGACCUGAUACGUGGCGGGAUUGGCGUAGGAACCAAGGCCGGAUGUUCCAGCUUUAUUAUUUCCCUGGUUCACCAUUGUCCUCAGGAUCUGGCCCCUUUUACGGGUAAACUCAUGGGGUCCUUGUUGAAUGGCCUCCAUGACAGAAACAGUGCCAUACGCAAAUGUUUUGCUUCAGCCUUAGGCCACCUUGCUAAGAUUGCCAAAGACAGCAGUAUAGAAAAGUUAAUAGAGAGGCUGAAAUCAUGGUAUAUGGAGAAAGAUGAUGAGGUGGCACAUCAGGCAUGUGGCCUGACCCUACAGGCGAUCAGUCAUCACAGCUCUGACGUCCUGAAGAAACAUGGCGCCAUUGCAAUGCCUCUGGCCUUCUUUGCCAUGCAUGAGAAGCGGGGACAGGACGGGCAGAGGGUGGCGGUGAGUCAGUCGGGGGAAGAGGAGACCACAGUCUGGCAGGAGGUCUGGCUGGACACCACACCAGGUACAGAAGGUGGGCUGCGUCUGUACAUGGAGGAGACCGUACAGUUGCUGUGUGUGGCCAUAGGUUCCCCCUCCUGGCAUACCAAGGCCCAGGCUGCCAUGGCCAUAAGCACCAUGGCCUCCAAACUGGGUGUCUCACUGGGGGCACCUCACCUGGGUACCCUGCUGAAUGCCCUCCUGAGGGCCCUAUCUGGAAGGACGUGGACAGGAAAGGAGGCCUUACUGAAAGCUUUAUCAACUGUAUGUACAUCCUGUAGCCUGAAUAGUGACCCAGUCCCACAGGAACAGCCUACCACUGACCAGGUGCUUGAGGCAGUGCUGAAGGAGUGUAGGAAGGAGAACCUGGGGUACAAAGUGGAGGCUGUGCGAUGUUUAGGAGCUAUCCUGGAGACAUACAGUAUUGACCGUUUCUCAGACACAUGGGAUAUCCUCACACCAUACUUAGAUAAGUUUAAAAAGUGUUGCGUUGUUGUUGGAAAAUAUGUUGUUGUUGUUGUUAUACAGAAGGCUAACUCAGAGGAAGACAAAGAGGAAGAAGAAGAAGAACAUCAUAGUGUGGAGGAAAUCCUGAACUUUGAAGAGAUGGGGUACGAGGUGAUCGGUCAGGCCUGGCCAUCAGUCCAGGAGACCCAGGAUAAAUAUCAAGAAGAUGUAGCAAAAUUAAUAUCAACAAAAUUACCCAAAUCUAUGUGGAAAAUUCAGCUGGUGAUGCUGAAGACAUCUAGAAAAUUUAUAAAAAGGUUAUUGAUAUUAGAAGAUCAUAAAAAGUUGUCCAAAGACAAUGAGUUACCCAGCAGUAUUGUCAACAUGCUGUUAGCUCAGGCUAUCCGGUGUUUAGAUUGCGCUAAUACUAUAUUCUUUCUUUUAGGAAAUUUGAAGUACUCAGCAAUUCGCCAGGAAGCCUUGUCAGUGAUUGAGGUGAUAGUACAGAAAUUAGCAGAGGAGAAACACUUAGAUCUGCUAAGCCUGAGCAGGAAGGAGCUGUUGAACAGCUUGUCCGUGUUGAGUCGGAACAGUCGGUCAGAGUUACAGGAUCGCGCUAAGGCUGUGGAGAAGCUGAUGGAAGCGCUGAGGACGGAAGAUAUGGACUGGAGCUGAUCACUUCAUACUCACACACACGCGCACGGUUUCUGCUGAAUAACAACAACAAAUGGCAAUGUCAGAAUUCAAAAACACCUGAUGUUAAUCGCCACCUAAUGAAACGAGAAAAGAAUCUGUAUAUGUUGACUCUUGUUAUUAGUCAAAACACCAGGUGUCCCGAAAUUAGAAGAAAUACAGUUCUGUGAUAACCUCCCUGUGAUAGAUGUGGUGUAUACCUGAAUAUGGCAGGAGUUCAUUAUGACCUUCACCUUGGUUUCUAGGGACACAAAGCUUUAGAGGGAAACUUACUGAUAUCCCAUCAUCCAAAGCGUGUGGAGAAAUCUUAUACCAAGCACAUCUGGGCGCUUCACUGGCGUGUGGCAGUGACAAGCUAACGGAGUGGGGAAUGAUAGUACAUGGGACAGUAUAGAGAAAUGAACACUGGGCGAUAUUCUGAGAAUAAGUAUAAACAUUUUAUGUACCAUCAGAUCAAAACUCCUCAAAGAACAAAAUUGACUGCUUACAUGUUUGAAAUGCUUGUGGUUGGUGCGUAUAUUUUUGGACUAUCAAACAUUUAAGGCUCCAUAUGCUGUAUGAUUAUUGACAAUUGGGAGAGGGGUGGGGAUUUGAUACAUUUAACUCGGCUUGUUUCACGUACAUGCCUAUGUGAGGAAAAUAGCAAAUGCUUGGAUGUUCGAUGUCUAGAAUAGGGAAUUGUGCUUCAUAAAACAGUUUGCAUAAACACAGCUGUUUCCUAAUACAUGAGCAUAUUUGAGACAAGAUGGCAGGAAGACAUUGUCUUUCCUCAUGUUACUAACCCGUUUAACAUUCUUAGAGCCUUCCAUUUGCAUGCUGGGAGCCUUCUGGCUCGCGUGUUUGGAGCACUCUUCUCAUCGCAGCCAGUGCAUAUUUCAUAUUGUGUUCAAAUCUUUCCCAGAAUGGAUUGAAAUUUGUAAAUUUUCGGCAUUUGUAUUUGCUUCUACCUCUUUAUUUUAUCUUUUGAUUUUAUCUUAUAUUGGGAAAAACACUCUCUGUUUUCUUCUGAAAGGACUUAAUUUUAGCAGUCAGUAAUGAAGUGUUUUAGCAUUCAGUCAAGUGUUUAUUCAUUUAAGUAAAAUUGUGAGUAUUUGGUAGUACAUGUAUUAGGCUCAACUGGUUAUUUUCUGUUAUUUUUGCUUAAUGAAACUCGUGGGUUUCCCCUGGGAUCAGUGCGUUUUUUACUGGUCGCCGUAUUCUUGAGUAUACGGUAUAACACCAAUCAAAUAAGUAAAUCUUAUUGAAACUUGAUUAUUGCAUGAAAAUGUUGUGAAACUGGUUUUGACUCCAGUGUUAAAAAAAAAAAAAAAAAGUUGAUUCCCUUCCGGGUCUGUAAUUUUCAGAGUUGAGUCAAUCUUGUGCCAUGUUAAACUUUUGGUACUAGGCACGUAUUCUUGCAGAACAAACAGUGUUGUUAUGUUUUCAUAGCCCAGCUAUGGAAUUGUUAAGGACUGAUGACAUGAUUUCUUGUAUUAUGUAAUAAACAUAAAUACUUUGGUACAUA